CCACAAUGCAGACGACAGUUCAAUAUCUGACGGCAACGCGAACGGUUUAAAUAAAAGCAAAUAGCGCUUAAACGAUCGACAAGAGAAACGCAACUAAACUGGCUGUGAAGUAAUAUUGGCUAAGUGGCAAGUGAAGUGAGUGACGAGAAGUGAGGCAGAGCGCUAAACGGCCAAGACCCAGAAAGUGCAGGCAAGCGAGUCAAUAAAGUCAAUAGUGUAUGCGAUUGCAGCAACAACAACAACAAUAGCAACAGCAAAUUGUAACAAAUAAAGCAAGAAGUCAGCGACGAGUUUCAACAAAACGAGCAUUGCGCAUCAAGCAAUAAAUAAAACCGUUAAUAAAGUGCGUAUGAAUUGGUGUGUUUACUUGCAAAAUUCCGUUUGUUUGUCUUUCUGUGUGUGUGUUGCCGAUAAUUCAACAUUUAAAAUGCAUUUAGUUUGUUUGUAGUUGAUUUAUAAUUGCAAAAGUGACAGCUAACCACAAGAAAUCGAUACAAUAACAGCAAACAAAAACCGUUAAUUAAGCCCAUACACAUUUAAUAUUAAAGCAAACAACAUAAACCGGCGACAACCAACAACAACGCCCAACGAACGCUGUACAAGGAAACUGGACACCAUUUCUUAAGCGCCAUAAUGUACCAUCGACCGAAAAUAUUUGUACUUUGUCUGAUUCUACUGCAAAUUCGGCCCUACAGUAGUUUACCUACCAUCAAUCAACCUUUUCCCGAUUCCCGGAAUUAUUUGAGUCCUCAUGAGAAGCAAACACUUUUCAAGCCACCCGAGCUGGAGGAGACCAUUGAAGAGGUGCAGAGAAUCUUGUCGCAGGAUCCUUCUUUGCCGCGCUUGACAAGAGGUGAGAUUGAGGAGCUUUAUGAGAAGGUGACACGUGAAGAAUAUCAGAAGAGUGUAGCAGCUGGAGAUAUGGGACGCGCGGACAGCAUGCGCGCGCUCAUGCUAGUCUUGCCAUAUAAUACCGACAAUAACACCGAGGAGAAUAUACAGGAACUCUACACACGUCCUCCAGUUACGAAAGUAAUCGACGCCUAUACACCACAUCAACCUAUCAAAUUUCUCACGCCCGAUCCCAGUGCACCGCUAAAGACAGAAACUGCACCAGCCGGCGAUUUUGCAGCUACAACCUACAAGCCUGCGUAUUCGUUGAAGACGCAGAAAGUGUUUGCUCCUAGUCCGACAACAUAUCAUCCACCACCACCAGCACCGGUCAUGUUCAAGAUGACACAGCAAGCACCAAGCGGCUUUCAACCGGUUACGAAUAGCAUAAACGAUGGUGAUUAUAUCGCGAAUGUCGAGCGUAAUCCCACACCAAAGCCGGCGCAACGUUAUAGUAGCCACUAUAAUGCUAAGACUGCCGAGUUUCUCAAACAACGUAAGCCAGUGAAACAAGAGACGUCUACCGUGCGACCGGUUGCGGAUGUUUUGGAGAGUUUAGGUAUUGUUGGGCAGACACAAUCACGUAAUCGUGUCAGCAUCGAUGAUUACUAUGCGGCGGAGAGUGCGCCACAACCGGUAAUAUCGACUUAUGUGCCGCAGACAGUAAGUCUUACGGACCUGAAAGGAUUGCAAGGCUACAAUAUUUCACCGAAGAUCCGGCCUGAUGCUUACUCGAGCUUCAAACCGUUAAACAUUGGUGAGGAGAUACGCGUCAAACCUGAAGUCGAAGGUUACCUCACACGUUUUGGGAUUGUUGGUGGACGCAAAAAGAAGGACUUGAAGAAGGGAAAUAAUCUGAAGAGUCACAGCGCUGAGUUAACAGUUGGGGAAAGCGAAAUUUCUACAGCUAAGGUGCCAAGACGUGGCACUGCCGCUGGUGCGAACAGUGAGCUCGAAAAGCUACUCGAAAAUUUGCAAGAACUAGAGCGUUUAAAUGUCAAUCCAAAAGUGUUAGGUCCCACCACAACUAUACGCCCAACAACCAGCAGUACUACGACUACCACCACCACGCCGGCGCCCACAACACCAAAUUUAAUAACAAACGGCGCACCCAUGUUGAUCGAACCGAAGAAGCCGCGUAGGCGCAUAGACCCAAAUAUCGACAUCAAUUUCGCCAAUUCGGGCAACCAUCAAACAGAAGCGCCAAACUCUGAUCAACUCAGCAAAUUGCUCGAAAAUCUACAGGAAUUGGAAAAGUUACGCAUUAAUCCAGAUAAUGUGUUGAAAACAGUCGUGCCAGCGACAAAUGCUGCUCGCACAGGACAGGUUCAAUAUGCGACGCCCACGCCGCGUACACAGAAUUUGUUGAACCGCUUUAAUGAGCUCGCGCCGCAGACCACACCACCUACACGCAGCUCGGCACAAGCAGAUGCCGCACAGUUGCAGGAAGUCCUGCGACAACUGCAGACAUUUGAGCAGUUAAAUGCGCGCACCACCACAAAGAAACCAAAAGCACAACCUGCACGUGCCGGUGGUGGUUUACUAGCAGGGUUGGGUGGUUUUGGAGGCGCUUUGGCGCCCACAGAUGUCUUUAAUUUACAGAAACUGCUUACGGAUGAUCGAGAGCUUGAGCGCUUGUAUGAACAGGCGCGCGCUAGACAGACUGGGCGCACCGUGACGACAACUACAACACCGAAACCAACAACUACGACUACACAGCGCACCUUGAUAUUCGGCGAUUUAGAUGAUGCUGAUUUGCAGCGUCUGUUUGAGCAAGCGCGUGCGCGGACAAGUACCACACCAGCAGCUACUACCACAACUACAACAACUACAAGCAAACCGCGUACGCCGGCGCCCAGUUAUCGCGAGUUUGAGCAACUGCAAAAGUACUUUGCGGAGCUGGAACGCACGCGUACUAGCACAAGCACAACAUCUACGACGACCACGAGUACAACAACGCCAGCGCCUACAACGACAACAACACCAUCUACAACAACAACCACGACGACGACGACAACACUGCCGCCUACAACAACCACAACCACUACAACGGCGGCACCAGUUGUUAGCUCGUUAGAUUUAGCGCAGCGCAUCACCAACAGUCUUGGCGCGCAGAAACCAAAAAAAGUGGAGUCCAACAACGAUCAAUUGCAAGAGCUCAUCAAUCGUGUACAGCAGCUGGAACGUUUGAAUGCCAAGAAUGAGAAGAACAUACGCGCAACAACAACAGAUACACCCAUACCAUUUGUUGGUUUCACCACACGUAAGGUAAACGCGCCCAGCGCCGGUAAGUACAACGAUCAACGCGCGCCUUCGAAUGAUUUCGCGCACUUGCAAGAGCUCUACCAGCAUGUUGCGGGCGCUGAGCAAGACGCAUUUGGACGCAUUGAAAUAUCCACUGCUGCCACGGCGGCGAAGCCUUCUGCCAAGCGCACGCAGAAAUUCGCACAGAAGAUCAUUGACAUUACGAAUGACACCGGUUCGGGUAGCAGUCUGCAGGAGGUCGAGCCCAAUGACUUUGUGCAACUGCAGAAGCUGCUGAGUAAAGUGAAAGAGCUGGAGCGCGUGAAGAUACACGGCGUACAUGGUAUUGUGCAGCCAGCGACGCCGGCGCCGACUGUCGGUAGCUAUACGCGCGAUUUCACCGAUUUAACCAAUCUCGUAACAUCCGCAUCGGUACACACACCCACGGUACAUAAUUCAAAUGGCGCGCACAUCAUUUACCCCGAAAAAACGCAUGAGUAUAAACCAUUCGAGGACAUAUUGAAGCCCGACUAUCGGGAGCCGACUGAUACGAAAUCUCAUGUGGGUAAGAAAGCCGGUGCUGUGUUGGAACCGACAUCUAGCGAAGAAUUGCGCGAAUUGGCUAUGGCAGCGCCAGCGAAUCCCAAAGGUUCCUCGUAUGAUAAAGAUUUUGAACAAUACCAGGAGUUCUUCAAGCAGCUAGAGGAUGAGGAACGUAAUUCGUACAAGAAUAUGCAGCCGCCUAUGAUCUAUAAGACUGUGACUAAGGAGCCACCACGUUUCGUUGUUGCACAUAAACCGCAUGAGGCGCAUAAACAAAAGAACGGUAAUGUACAACAAAAAGCCGAUUUGGAGGAGCUGCAGAAGCUCUUGAGUAACGCACAGCAGCUUGAAAAGCUAGGCGUCACACUACCGACAGAGUUGUCAGAUCAAAUAGAGACGAAGCUUACUAAACAUUCCAGCAAUGAGAGAGUGGAAAAGCAGCUGGAGACAGUGACAGCGCAGCCGGUGCAUAUAGUCACUGCUGAAAGACCUAAACCUAACGAGGAGCUAUACGACUUUAGUAGCCAUUUAAGCACAGCUCCGAGUGCCGAGCAUAAGCACACAAGCACUGGCUACGGCGCUGCAGCUCAGGAAACAACAAGUGCGGAAAAUGAUAUACAAGAGUCUAGUGAAAAGGAAGCUUUCUUCUCGCUUACCACACCCAAAUCGCUUGUACCGAAAGAGCCCAAAACCACCACAUCCAGCGCCUUAGAUCUGCCCGUUUUCAGCGCUACCAAGAUUAUUGAGGCCGCCAUAAAGCGUGCUGCUAAUAAAAUAGGUGUCUCCACCGAGCAGACGUUGGGCUUCCAAAAACGUAGCGAUACGGACAUUUACGCUGACAUGGAUCCGGGUAGUAUGGACGAUUUAAUGGGCGAAUUUAGUGAGAUGAACUAUCAAUUGGCUACGCCGGAUGUCGCAGUCGUUGACGCUAUUUCAAACAAACAGGAACCGGUUGGCGUGGAGCAAACUACAGCCGCUGCUGGCGCUGUCGACAUCACACAAGAUUUGCAAGAACUGCAGCGCUUGAUUGGCAAUUUACAGGAACUGCAACGGUUAAAUCUCACCGUCUCAUCGGAAUUGCUGCGUCAAGCAGAUGCCAAGUAUUUGGAAACGUUGAAGAAACAGCAAACGCCUGCCGAUGACACCACGAAGAACCGACGUCAAAGUGUAACACCGGCGGUAAGCGCGGCAACGAACGAAGCCGCCACGAGCACAACCCCCAGCGAUACAGAACAGAGUGCGUCCGACGACGAUGGAGAUAUAUCGCCAGAUCCCGUAGAUAUUGCAGCAGCCGAUGAUACCGACAGUGCAACAGCUGAGAAGGACUCUAGCGACAGCUCAACAACUACAGAAGAAUCGCGCAACGGUUCACUCGCCGAUCUGGAGGACUCCUUCGGUAGUUCAGAUACGAACAAAGAGGAACCGAAGCCACCGAAGCGUAAAAAUGGUUUCUAUUUUCUAGCCGAUUGGAAUUCUUUUCUGGAAGUGGGCGAUGGCGACGACCAGGUGAUAGUGCGUCUGAGUCCGAAAAUCGGUGAUCCACGCCUCUUCAUACCAGUCAAAAUACCAUAAUUGGUGCGUUGCGUGGAGCUGUAGAGA